AUGGCUAUCCAAGAACGAAAAACAGGCAUGUCACUUGAACAUUUGAAUUUCUUCUUUCAAACUUGCCGUAGAUACUACAAUACAAUCGAACAUACAGUUAAACAAGAUUUACCGGCACUUAAAAUUCUCAUUCGUAUCAUAUCUGCUUUACCCAUUAAUCAAGAUAAUAUGAAUAUUAGAAAUGAAGCGGCUGUGUUAUUCUUAUCAAUCGUUCUCAAAACAUUAUCAGAAAAGUUUCAGGCUCUUUGGAACAUUAUUCUCGAUACAGAAUGGCCAUCAUUUCGUGAAGGCCUAGUAAUACUAUGUUGUACGAAAGUGCUCUGGCAUGAAGAUUUUGAAAAGGAGGGUAAUGAGCCUUUUAAUUUACUUUCAAUGAUAUCCGACGAAAAACGACAACAAGAGACAACAUCGAAAUUACUUAGUUUACUUAGUGAAUUACGAUGGACUCCGAAAAGAGAUCAAGAAACAGCUCUUUAUAAAUUAAUUGGGCAAGAUCAGCUUACAUUAGAACAUCUCGAUGUUGCAGCUUCACUCGAAACAUAUAUUAGUUAUCUAACUCAACUUGUAAUAGCACACCCAAAAGAUGAUAGUCAAUUGGAAGAAAGAAUUCAAAUGCAACUUAAUAAACUGCUGCAAGAAAAUCAUUUUCCAACUGUCAAAGAGUUGUUUGAGCAGCAGCCGAUGACGGAUAAUGAACCAUGGUCUAAGAAUAAUGCAGCGUUACAAGAUGAACCAGCAUCUCCUGACCAAAUUCAAGUAGAGAUUAGCAAUGUAACAACUGAGCCAGUCAAGUUUAAGUGUAUGGAGAUUCUCGAAAAAGCUAUUCAGAUUCUUGAUCUAUUCCAUAAGAAUUUACAACAGAUGUGCGCAUCAAGACAGACAAGUUCAAUUCAAGAUAUUAUUCGAAUAUUUCCAGAUAUUCAACAAGCUGAGAAUGAUCUCAAUCAACUACAACCAUUACUUGAUCCUGCAGCUCUACCACAACUUAUUUCGAUCGUUUCAUUCUGGAAAAAUCGUUUACGUAUUCAUCACAUUUGUAAAGGUAUAAGUCUCUUGAGCAAAGCAAUUCCUGCUAGUAUUGAUUCAACUCUAUUUGAUGAUGUUUGUGCAAUGGAUGAGACAACAUCGGGUGAGAAAUGUGCUAUUGUUUAUGAAAAAUAUCGAGAUCAAAUCGAGAAACCAUUUCCUAAUAAUAUGUUGACACUCUUUUCCUACUACAGUUCAGCGUCAGAUCUCUUUGAUUUUCUUGGUUCACUUUCUGCCGAUGAUGUCUACAAUUUACAAGAGGCUGUCAGUGAUUGGGAGGAAACAUUAGUUAGUACGAAGAUCGUUUUUGAGUUUGCUACUGUCAAGAAUUUUGUUGAUCGUUCUUAUGCUACUAUGAAAGACAAACAUCAAGAAUUGAAAAAUGCACCAUUACAACUUAAUGAUAUUGCCACUAGCUUCAUCAACGUAUGGAAAAAUGAACAAUUCACAGAUCUACUUAUAUAUCUUGAAUCAUCAUCUUUGGCAUUAUCAAGUAUCAAACGUAUUCAUUUGGAACUAGUUGACAAAGAACAAUCGAAACGACGUCGAAUUGCUGAUAUUCUACAGAACUCUAUUGUAUAUUUUGUUCGUAUUGGACAUAAUGAAAUAACUGUUGAUGUCAAUGUAGAACUUCCAUCUCAACAGAUAACUACAACUGAUGAAAAGAAACAACAAAAAAUAAAAUUUGCCGAUAUAAGUGAACUUCGUGAUCGUGCACGUCUUCUUGAAUAUUCAAGUAAUGUUAAUAAGAGGAAUUUACCAGAAGCUGAUAGUGAACGUGAAAAAGAAAGAUUGCGCAAUUUCAUUCAAUUUGCCAACAUCGUUGAAUCUAUUAUUGAAAUUCUGACGAAUUUAUAUAUUGCAGGUCAUCCUUCUGUUUCAAAUUUUCUUGCUAAUCAGACAUCAGUAUCAGAAUUUCUUGUCGAUCAAAAGAAAUUUUCUUGUAAUGAUGGAUCUUAUGAUGAUUUACGAAAAUAUAAUCAAACACUGACUACUUUAUUCACUGAUUGGGAAAAGAAAUUAUGUACUAUGUAUGAGACACACAUUAAUUUGACUUAUUUCUCAGGCAAUCAAUUGUGGCAAGUCGAAGAUUAUAUUUAUGAUCGUUCUUCAAUUUCUCAUCCAGGAUAUCAUCUUCUCAAGUUCGUUGGCAUCGAUCCAAACUCUAUUAAACAACCACCAGUGAAACAGUCAAGUCCAGAAGAUCGAUUAAAAAACCUUGGACAUUUACUUUUUCAAGAACAACAAGCUCCUACUCUAGAAGAAAAUCCAAAAAUAAAAAAAUGCUUUCUCGUCGAAACAACGAACGAAGGAAUUCUUCGUGCUAUUCUCUCGUUGUUUUCAUUGACAAAGACUACACCUUCAGUUUAUCGUGUUCUCUAUUGUACCCAACGUACGAACUGGAUUCAAAUACGCGCGUUCAUUUAUCGUUGCUUUUAUUCCCAAUCAUUUCAUCAACUUAUUCGAUCUGAACUUCUUUCACAGUCUGUUCAAGAUAAAUUUAUUGGUUUAUUACGUACUUUAGUGGAAGAGAAACCAUAUCACUUAUUUCGAAUGGGUAUUAUUACAACAACCACACCAGCAGAACAACAGCUGAUCAAUGGACUUCAGUCGAUGCAUAUUCUUAAUACUUAUCGUGAUACUGAAUUGCUUAACAAAGAUGAUUUUUCUAAAACUCUAGAAAAAAUGAUUCGUGGUUGUCAUUUAUUUACAUCACGAAUUGCUGGCCUUGGGAAAUCGAAUGUAAUUCGACAAAUUGUUGAACAGUCAAACAAGAAUUAUGUCAAAUUUCCAAUAUCUGGUGAUUUCGAUGUUGAUAUAUUAGCCGAAAGACUUAGUGCAAAAUGUCCUCAACUCCAAAAAGCAGCCAUUCAUCUUGAUAUUGGAUUAAUUCAUAACAUUCAACGAUUGAACGAAGUUCUCUAUUGUCUUCUUCUAUUUAGAAGUUUUCGUUUUGGACACGUAGCUGUUUCAAUACCUGCCGAAACUCUAAUCUAUAUUGAACUUGAUGCAUCACCUCAAUCUACUCUAAAUGAAGUUACACUUUUUCAGCACAUAUCAUCAUUAGUGCAUGUCGAUCAUAUUGACUGGAAUAAACUAAAUGUGAAGAGUCCUGAAAUUCAGACUGUCGCCAAUUUCUUUUUUGUCAAAUGGGUUUCUCGUCCAGAAUUGCGUAUGGAUCUUAUUCAAACCUUACUUCGAUCAUCAAAUCAAUUCACGUCUCUUUCAGUUGAAGCUGUUCGAAAACAACAACGAGCAGUUGCCAACAAUGCACCGGAAGAGUUUAGUGAUGCCAUCGUCCGAUGGGAUACAGUACAACCUUUCAUACUAGUUUUCACAGAGACACAUGAGCCAUUAUUUAUUUAUAAGAUAACGAAGGAUAUUCCACCAGCACUGAUCGAAUAUUUUAAAACUUAUUAUCAAGCAACAGGACAAAAGAAAGAAUUGGCGGAAAAUAUAAUGUUUCCCGAUUAUGACAAACUUAGUCAUAUAGAAUUCUUUAUUAAAUUAGCAUCACUGUCAAGAAAAUAUUUCAAUAAAUCAAUUUGUCCGAAAUGUUUUCGACAAUAUGAAUAUAAAGAUCGUUUAUGCACAAAAUGUCUUAACAUUGAUCUUAUUCGACCUGCAUCAUUCAAUGACUCUGAUGUUACAGUAUUUCAAAUUAGCAUUGCAGAGAAGCUGAAAAAUGAAUAUGUUCUUACACCGGAUAAUUUCGUUAAAAUGCUUCUUAUUUACAUGCGAGUGCAAAGUGGAAUUCCAGUUUUAAUCAUGGGCGAGACAGGCUGCGGAAAAACGGCUUUAAUUCAGUUCUUAUGUCAAAAGAUUCUCGACGAUGAUCUUGAAGUUUUUCGUAUGCAUGCAGGUAUUGAUGUCGACAAGUUAAUCACAACAGUACAAUCUUAUAUUAAACAAGCUCAAGAAUGUAAAACUCGAAAUAAACGCUUAUGGGUGUUUUUUGAUGAGUUUAAUACGACCAGUAAUAUUGGUCUUCUCAAAGAAAUCAUCUGCGAACGAACUCUCCUCGGCGAACGAUUACCAUCGAAUAUAGUUUUCUUAGGCGCUUGCAACCCACGGCGUAAGAAAACAAAUAAAAUUCUAAUUAAUGAAGAUGCACAAAUUGGAUUAAGACAAACACGCUAUGAAAUACAGAAACUUUGUGCAGGUACCGAUCGAAGACUCUUGUACACAGUAGUACCCAUUCCAGAAACAAUGCUUGAAUAUAUUUGGGACUAUGGAUAUCUAAAUGAACCAACCGAAAGAGCCUAUAUUAAAACAAUGUUGAAUACAUGUCGUGAUCUUUCGUCUGAUUCAAAAUUAUUCAAUCUUACUGUUGAUCUCCUUGUGAAUUCUCAAAAACAUUUUCGAGAACUUGAAGAUGCUAGUAGCGUCAGUCUUCGAGAUAUCGCUCGAUUUUGUCGUCUAUAUAAUUGGUUUCUUGAUUCGCUAAGUCAACGUGCUCAUGCAAAUGGUUCAUUGAAAAAAUCAGAUUCUUUUCUUCGUCGAGCUAGUUUCAUUGCCUUAUUACUUUGUUACUAUUUUCGAUUGCGUUCUAUUAAAUUACAGCAAAUAUAUAUCGAAAAAAUGCAAAUGAUUAUAGCCGAAGAGUAUCCACGUGUUAAACAAUAUCCUGAUUAUUUGACAAAAGCCAUUCUUGAAUAUGAGCAAAAGAAAUUAAUUGAUGAAAUGAUGGAAUUACCAGCAGGUACAGCUCCUAACCGAGCACUACGUGAUAACAUAUUUGUUCUCUUUGCUUGUAUUCUCAAUCGUAUACCUCUGUUCUUAUGUGGCAAGCCCGGUAGCAGUAAAUCAUCAGCAGUUCAAAUAGUAAUCAGUAAUCUCAAAGGCAAAAAGUCGGGAGAUCCAUAUUUUCAAACAUUGCCUGAACUUGUGGCUGUCUCUUUUCAAGGAUCUCAAAAUUGUACGUCGGAGAGUAUUAUCAAAGUGUUUGAUCGUGCUGCAAAUUAUACUCGAGUGAAGAGUAUAUCUGAUUUAUUGCCAGUAAUUGUUUUCGAUGAAAUUGGUCUUGCCGAACUUUCUCCACAUAAUCCAUUGAAAGUAUUACAUGGCGAACUUGAAGUUGAAAAUAAUCGAUACGGAUUUGUUGGCAUAUCCAAUUGGCGACUUGAUGCUUCGAAAAUGAAUCGAGCUCUCUAUUUAUCAACGCCAGAUCCAGAUGUUCAAGAUCUACAACUCACAGGUAAAAUAAUCUCUCACAGUAUGCAGCAACAGUCAAACUUGAAAAUAAUUCAAUUUGAACCAAUCAUUAUCGAAGGUCUUUCCCAAGCUUACUAUGAUCUUUAUGAAAUUCUAAAAGAAACGCAACCUGAUCAUCAAAAUUAUUUUGGUCUUCGAGAUUAUUAUUCUCUGAUCAAAGGUAUUCUUCGUGGUUUAAUGGUAAUGAAACAUGAUGCGAACUUGUAUGAAAUUAUUCGAUGUCAAUUGAAAGUUAAUUUUGACGGUGCACUUGAUGGAUCAUUACUCAUGUGGCAACAUUUUUGUGAAUAUAUCCAUAAGCAAAAUCUUUUUAACGAAUACAAUUGUCCACCAUUUAAUCUUCUUCUCGAUCAAACACUUACGGCUCGUACUGGUCGAUAUCUAAUGCUCAUAGGUGAUAGUGAAAGUGCUAUCGAUUACGUUGAACGCUUCAUUAAUGUUCAUCAAAAGAAACUAAAUGUAGGAGUACGUACACUUGUCGGUAGUUCAUUUCCUGGUGAUUUACUAUCUUUAAAUACAUAUGCCGAACAAUAUAAUUAUCGAGUUUUAAUGGAUGUUAUUCUCUAUGCUGAAACAAACAUUACUUUAAUCAUCCGUCAAAUGGGUCACGUAUACGAUAAUCUUUAUGAUCUUUUUAAUCAAAAUUUUGCAGUAUCCGCUAAAAAGAAAUAUUGUCGUAUUGCUCUAGGUGCACUCUACCAUCCACGUUGUCUUGUUCACGAUAAUUUCUAUUGUGUUGUCUUCAUUCAUAAAAGAGACUUAGAUAAGUGUGAUCCUCCAUUUCUUAAUCGUUUCGAGAAACAUUUAAUCGAUAUUGAAGCUUUGAUUCAUCCACAACAUAGAUCCGUGGCCAAUGACUUACAUAUGUGGCUUGAUAGUUUGUUACCAAAAAGUAUUGGAAAACAUUUUCCUCUAUUACAACAUUUAUUUGUUGAUUAUAGUCAAGAUCGAAUUUGCAAUCUUGUCAUUGAAACGUAUGAACAAUUGAACAUACCUAUUGAUGGCGAAGAAGCGAAUGACAGACGGCAAUAUGUUAUUGAUCAUUGUCAAGUACAGUUACUUCGCACCAGUUCAUUUGAUCUACCUUUAGUUCUUUCUCUUCAAGCUAUACCUGAGAAUGAAAAAUUAAUUGCUCAAUACUAUGAUAUUCGUCAAUUAAUAAGCUUUACCAAACUUAUUCAACAAUCACUUGAAAAUAAUACUAAUAUUGUUCCUCGUAUUAUUUACACAUACACACAGAUCUUUCAUACAAUUAAUGGAUUACCAAAUACUGUUGAAGAGAUCAAACUGAGUACUUUCAAAACAGAACUUGAGCUAACAAAUAAAAUUAAACGACAUUACCAAGCAUUGACGAAUAUACGUCUUCUUUUAAUUCGUGUUGAUUAUCAUAAUGAACAUCAACAUAUACUUUCACUAAAACAUGUAUUACUCAAUGAACAUGUGAAUAAAAGUAAUCGAGGUGUAUGGUUAAUAUUUCAUUUGCAAAGAAAUUUACUCAAUCAAAUCACUAAUGAUGUCUUAUUCAGCAAAUGGUCUGCUGAUAUGAUCGAUGAUCUUAAUAAUCAUGCAUUAAUUCCAAAAGAAAUACUGGAAAAUCCUUCGUAUCAUAAUCUAGUUCUUCAACCGCAAUAUAUUCUUACUGAAUGUGCAUUUGACGACCUUAUUGAUCGAUGCUUAUCAAAAUUUCGCUAUAUCGUUCCACAUAAAAAUGACGAACGACUAAUUAAUACAAGGCGUGAGAGAAACUUUCAACAGAUAAUUCAGCAGAAGGAUAAAUCGGGAUCAAAAGAGCUUCAUCUUCGUUCGAUUGUGGAAACAAAUUUAAUGACACUAAUACAAAAAAUUGAAAUCUCUGAAAAUAGACGUUUUACUGAUUGGCGUCUUGAUCUUUUAACAAAUGGUAAAACAAUUGCCAGUUCUCGUUCUUUCUAUGAUGCUUUUCAAGCAACUAUUUCGACUUUUUACGAAUCAUAUCUCUUUCUUUUUUUGGCUCAUCUUGAACAACAUAAUUUUAUGGAUGCUUAUAACUUCGUUUUAAGUGUUCGUGAUGAAAACAUUCGAAAAUAUUUUAUCAAAACAUGGAACAAUUGUUUGGAAAGGACUCUAGAAAAUAUUGACUUGACAAUAAUAGAUCGUGAUAUGAUUGAAAUUCAACUUAUUUUCGACCUUAAAUUACCUUGUGCAGCAGCUGAAUACGAAAAUAUUCGAAAUAUUCGGGAAAAACUCCAACAAUUACAAGAUAAUGAUAAUGAAUUGCUCGUUCCUUUCAAUUUUAUUAUUGGUCAAUUGAAGAGUACAAGUAUCUAUGGCGCAGAUUUUAUAGAACUUGUUUUUACUAAUCGACACUUCUUUGAAUUUUAUAUUUAUGAUCAAAUUGCUUUGCAUCUUAAAGAGACAAAUAUUCAUCUUUCAACGAAAUUUGUUUUGAAUCUACUGCUAAGCAAUCCAACUUAUACAAUUGAGCAAAACACACAAUUAUUUCUUGCACAAUAUGUUGAAUUCACAGAAAUUCUUCGUUUAUUCGAAAUAGGUCUACAAUUAGUUAGUGAAAAAGAAAUUCGUAACACAAUUCAAAAACAAUUGAUCGAAAAUCCUAUUGGUAACAUAAAGCCUUCGAAUUUUUAUACACUCGUCAUAGCUAAUCAACAAUUCUAUCAGCUUGCGCCACAAACAACGACAAUUGAAGAAAAAUGGGCAUUUAAAUGCAAAGGAAAUCCAAUGAUUGAAACGACUUUGAUGAAUUUAAUUGAAUUGAUUCUUUCAUCAUCAAUUAUCGAUCGUACAAAUAGUAUUCAACAAGUUACAACAAUCUACAGUUUAAUAGCACAGAGUGCUCGUGAUCUACCAUCAUAUCUAAUCAAUAAUCUUGAAAAACUUCGUUCAUUUAUUAGUCUAAUUCGUUGUCUCACUGCUCUUCUUCCUGAUAAAGCUCUUGAUGUUUUCAAACACGUAUGUAAGCAAGGUUUCGAUGCCGAAUUCGACUCAUGUCAGUCGAUUCAUAUAUUUAUCACAUAUCUACAAGACGUUAUCAAAGCCGAAAGAUCUGCUGCUCAUGAGACUGUUAUUCAUCGAACAUUAGUCAAACUUGAGGUCGAAUUCUUGAAAGAUUGGUUAGCUGAUAAUGGUGAUUCGUAUGGUGAAAUUUUGAGUUUAAUGAAUCAAGAUGAUAAUGAUCUGUGGCAUUAUUCAGCCAAAUUCUUUACAUAUAUCGAUCGAAAACUUGAUUUGCUCUCGACAUUAAAAGAAAAUAAUGGAAAUUUACCUUUCAAUGAUCAAUACGAAGAGCUUGAUAACUUUCUAGAAAGAACGAGAAAUCCAAAUUGUAAGAUAGAAAGAUUGAUGAUGAAUCGACUUCAUAUGAACUUGAUGCGGGAUGCUCCAGGACAUGAAAUCGAUAAGCAGCUAACGGAACAUUUUGAACAUUUUCGACAGAAUUUGCAUGAAAUCCAAAAUAUAAAAAAUGUAAAUGAUAUAAAAUCGAUCUCAAUGCUUGCUUGGCUCAAAUACUAUGCUCAGAUAUAUGCAUUUGCCUUGAAUGCCGACAGUAGAACAGAUAUUCUGCCUAGAAUCGAUCAACUACUGACAAACAUCGAUAAUUCAUUUUGUUCAACAUUGAAACUGUUCAUUGUUAAACAAAUGCUACAAAUAUCAGGACUUAAUCUAAAUGAUAUGCGUACGAUCUAUACCAAUCGUAAUGUUAUUUGGAUUAAACCAUUGCUUGAGCGUCCUCGUGAUCAGCAAGCUCAAAAUAUUCGUCGAAUCAUUAUUUUGCCAACUCCUCUUUUCGAAUGUCAAAAAGAAUUUAAACGAGUUAGUGAAAUUCUUAAUGAGGUCAACAAAACUAACGAAUUACGUCAGUUGAUUAUUCAAUGCAGUACAUCCCAAAAGUUUAGUUAUGCCGUUUUGUGUUGGUAUAUCCAAUAUUACUGUCGUUUUAUUGAACCAAACACAAAAGUUGAUGAUGCUUUUGUUCAAGAUAUUGAUCGCAAUUUAAGCCAAGAUAUUAUUCGUUCAUUUACACCUUUGGGACAUAGAUUUCUCAUUUGUUUAUGCUCGAAUUUUUCAGAAAAUUCGUAUUUUCGUCUUCAACCUGACAUGCCACACAAUGAAAUUCAUAAACGUUUAGUUGCCUUAAAUAUUGUCGCUUUCUUUAUAUCCUUAAAAUCAUUACCAGAAAUAACCUAUCUUGGAAGUAUUCUCUUUAAUCAUCAACGACAAAUGCCUAACCAUUAUGGUGAACAUCUUUCGACUGUCUGCUUACCCGGUAUGACAAUCAGCGAUCCUGUUAUUACUCAGAUGAUCGAUGUUCGUACUCAAAUUCAAGAUCGACUCAAUCGAGGUGUUAUGCAUGCUGGAGGAAAAUUUAUUUUUCAAUGCUCACGGGAUUGUCCAUGGAUGUUCUAUUUCCAAGAUUGUGGUGUUCCAAACGAUCGCCAUACAUGUUCAUUGUGUAAAAAACCAAUUGGUGCCGAACGAUACAACGUUCUUAUUCAACGUGAUCCUCCUCAAAUCCGAAUGUCCACUGAUGAAGGUCUCCGAGUAAUUAAUCAGUAUAUCGAUCGAUACAAUAUGACAGCUCGUCUCGGAUAUCAUAAUGUUAAUACUCAUGAAGCGAGUAAUUCAGGAGAUAAACCAGAUCAUUUGAAUCGACCUGUUUCAUUUCGUUUUAUUCAUUUUCUUACACAUGGCCUCCUACUCUUUUUGCAUGAUUGCAAUUAUUUGACCGACGAUGAUAUUAAACAACGUUUCAAAAUACCAAAAACAACACAUUUUCGUGAUCAUUUUGAAAAAGAUUAUACUCUUUUAGUUCAGACAUCAACAGAUAGCAAACAAUGUUAUAUUUGGCUGUAUAAACUUCUUGAACAUCUUAUCAAUGACGAAUUAAUUAAGCGUGGCGUUAUGAAUACAAAUGAACGUGUUCUUCAAAUAGAACAAAUUAUUGAACAGAAAAUCAUCUUUGCACAUAUCGAUUCCAUGACCACUGAGAUCACUGAAUAUAAGAAAGCUUAUGCUGAAUUUAUUCAAGAGCGUGAUUCGAAACCAUCUCUAGAAAGUUUCAUCGAUGAGCUAUUUGAAGAUGAAAAACAAUAUCCUCUUUUAAAUUUUUUCAAUGUCACUACAUUUCAUACUACAAAUCCUCUUGAUGCAUUUAUCUUGAAAAUGCAAACACUUCCAUAUGCUGAAAGAUCCUAUCCAGUUACAACAUUUCUUUUUAAACGUCUUGAAGAUUAUGUUAAUAUUCAAUAUCUUUAUCCAAUCAUUGUCUUUACAAAUUAUCUCAUUGAAAAACUUAACUAUCGUAUCAAACGAAUUGAUGCAGCCGAAAGAAAAAUUAUGCAUUAUUUAACAACGGGAAAUGAUCAACAUAUCAUGAAGCAAUACUACAAUGAUUUUUUACAUGCGUGGUAUUCAUUAAAAUUAAAAGAAGUUCAUUAUGGAUGUCAAAAACCUAAAUUCGAAUUGCCUGUUGCAAAGGAAAAAUUCGCCGAAUCUACUAGCAUUGCAACAGUUUUAUUAAAUACAUCGAAAGAUGAAAGUAGUCUUCUUCUUGCUGCAUCUAUCAAAACUAUUGCUGAAUUACAAAAUGAAAUUGUCAACUAUUUUCACAAUAAUAUUAAUAACGUUAUCAAUACAGAAAUAAAACGAAAACAGAUACCACUUCCAUCUAUUCGAUUAGAAAAUCUUCUUCGACUUAAUCGAAUUGAAUUAAGUCAAAAAUUAGUUGAUGAUUCUCUUGUCAUAAACUAUCAAUAUGGCAAAGGUAAAGAUAUCAUAUACGAUUACGAAGAAAUCGAAAUGACACUUCGAAAUAUGAUUAGUUCUUUAGUAUUGAUUGAUACGGAAAAAUUACGCUUUCUCAACUAUCAGUUUGAAUUGUAUGGUGAAAAUGCGUCUCUCAUCAAUGAUGUGCGUGCUCGUAUCAAGCAACAAAAAAUGACAAAUGAUGAACGAACUAAAUUAAAACGUCUCCUUGGGACGAUGAACAACGAUGAUAUUCUUAAUUAUCUCGGUUCACUUGACUAUGUUUUUACCUAUUUGCGAAAUAGUGUCACGGAGAAUGCUACAGAGACUACAACAAUUCAAACAUUCGUCGAAUAUCAUAUUCAUUCACAUAAUUGUUUAAAUGAUAAUAUUCUUCGUCGACCACCAUUUUCUACAAUUCAAUUGCAAUAUAUUAUUGAUUUGUAUGAAACAAUUGAGGAAACUGCUUUUGAUAAAGUCUUACGAGCUUAUGUGAAAAAAGAACUGACAGAAGAAACAUUCACAGACGAAGAACGUGAACGUGUCCUUCGUGUUUUUUCUCGUAUGACAUUUGAAAAAGAAACAAUUGCUGAAACAUUAAAAAGUGUCGACAGUUGGAUUUCCAUGCUCAAACGAUUAAUGAUUCGUGUUUUGAAUGCUAAUGUUAGUCUCGAUGUUCCAUUACAACUCUAUCUUGAACGAACUGAUCUGUGGAGUGAUCCUGUGACUAAUCCUGAUUUGGAAACUUUUGAAGUCGAUAAUGAUAUUCUUCUUCAACAUACCUAUGUCAUCUUAAGAGGUUUAGAAAAGAAACAAAAAACAAAUAAUACGUUACCGCAACAACAACAAAACACAUCAGGAAUUCAAAGUAUAGAAGGACAGCGACAACAAGUUCAGACUUGGUUCAAUACAACAGUUAAAGUGGCAACCGGACCUAAAGUACUAAAACCGAAGCUUCGUGUGUAA